UCGUCUUGAGCUGAAGGAAGAUUUUACCUUGCAGACUUAAAAAAUUGUGUUUCAUUGAGUUAAAAGUACAGAAGUAAUUUUAAUUAAACUAAAUUGCGUUGAUAGGAAAAGGUGCGUUCUCGUUGUCAUAAAAAAGAAAGCAAGCAAAUCACACAAGAAAAAAGUCUUACCAAACUGAACUCGAAACGAAACGAAAGCAGUGAAAAUUUUGUACAGAAAAUUUUGAUCAUAACAACUUCCUUUCAACAACGAAAGCGCUUCGCGGCUGCACUACAAUAGGCCUGGCCAAGAGGCCCGCAGGCAGGCAGGCAGACAGGCAGGGUGUAGUUAAAUUUGUGCUUUACUCACUGGGCUGAGCAACUUUAAUAAUUCACCACAACGUCCAACAACUUCGCUUGAAACGAAAUACAACUUCGUUGAUUGAUAUUGAAAAAGCUUGAGAAAAAGCUGUCUCGUUGGUCUUUACAGACUUGAAAUUCCACAAUUAAAAUUGUCGUAGCGUUAUAGACGACUGCAGCUAGCUAGUGUUUUAAAAAUAAAUCAAUAUUUUCUGAAUUUUAUUGCCUAAGUUUAUGUAAAAAAGGAUUACUUAUGAAUAAUAUUGAACGUAUCAAUGUAGUCGCGUCAUCAUCAUCAUCAACAUCACCAUCAUCAUCAUCUUCAUAUUCAUCAUCAUCCACGCCAGUAGCGAUUACUUCAUUCAACGCGCUGGCUUCAUUAAACUCAUCCGUUUCGUCAACGACGACUACGGCGACAGCGCCACUUUCAUCCACUACAUACACAUCGUCGCCAAAUGCACUGACAACAUCAUUUUCGCCAUCUUACAGCCAAUCUAGCGCUGAAACUCGCAUUGAAGACCAACAAACGCUACAACCGGUAUUGGUGACUUCACCAACUCCGCCACCAACACCACCACCAUCCAUAAUCGAUUCAUUUUCAUCGUCAUCAUCAUCGUCAUCGUCGUCGUUAGCUUCAUCGUCACCUCGUUCAUCGAACUCCACUUCACCUUCCUUUCCCAAAUCGUCCAUUGAAAAAUUCAAGAAUCAAGAGACACAAACCCAAUUGACCCUCAUAAAUUCCCUACUGCUCUCCUCCACAGCAUCCGCCGUUGCCGCUGCAAUCAAGCAACAGUCCCUUGUACGCUCUGUGACCGCCACUAGCAUAAUGGAUAUGCCUUUCAACACGUCACCCUCGCUCCGCGUGCGUACCACCUCGCUCAAUCAACUUAAGAAAACGGCCGAUCUUGCCAUCGAGAACGAACUGCAUGUUUGUCCGAGCGUCAUGUCUGACGAGUUGCGUAAACUACUGCCGCCCACGUCCGAAACGGUGAUGACUAAACCCUUUCCGGUGCGUGGUGAACGCGCCAUAACCGAUGUGACUACACCGCACGUCAUCGCCAUGGUGGGUUUACCGGCACGCGGUAAAACCUUUAUAUCGAAGAAAUUGGCACGCUACCUAAACUGGAUAGGCAUAGCGACGCGCGUUUUCAAUUUGGGUGAAUAUCGUCGUUGUGCGACCACCGCCUACAAGUCGCAUGAGUUUUUCCGUGCCGACAACGAGGCUGCCAUGGCAAUACGGGCGCGCUGUGCAAAUCAGGCACUUCACGAUUCCUGUGAAUGGCUGUUGAGCGGCUUGGGUAGUGUCGCAGUUUUUGAUGCGACAAACUCGACAAGCGAUCGUCGGCAGCUGAUCUACGAUACUGUAGUGAAGCAGCACAACUUCCGUUUGUUCUUUGUCGAAUCGAUUUGUGACGAUCCUAGCAUUAUUGAACAAAAUAUUAAGGAGGUAAAGGUGAGCUCACCCGACUAUAUCAAUAUGAAUACGGAACUUGUGGUGCGGGACUUCCUGCAGCGCAUCGAACACUACGAGGAACGCUACCAACCGAUUGACGAGGAGACAGAAUCCCAUCUAAGUUUUAUGAAAAUCUAUAACGCCGGCAAGAAAACCGUAGUGUACAACAACGAGGGGCAUGUAGAAUCGCGUAUCGUCUACUACUUAAUGAACACGCACAUAACACCUCGUACUAUUUAUUUGACGCGUCAUGGCGAAAGUGAACAUAAUCUUAAGGGAUUGAUUGGUGGCGAUUCAAAUCUGAGUGAACGAGGACGGCACUACGCCGCGGCAUUGUCCUCAUACAUCGAGCAGCAGCAUAUUGAUGGGCUGCGUGUGUGGACUUCAUGGAUGAAGCGUGCCAUACAAACGGUAGCGGAUGUGAAAGCACCACAGGAACGUUGGAAGGCGCUCAAUGAAAUUGAUGCUGGUCAUUGCGAGGAGAUGAGCUAUGAGCAGAUAAAAGAGAAAUUCCCCGAGGAGUUCAAAGCGCGCGAUAUCAACAAAUUUGCAUAUCGUUAUCCACGCGGCGAGAGUUAUGAGGAUUUGGUAGCACGUCUCGAGCCGGUCAUAAUGGAAUUGGAACGUCAAGGUAAUGUGUUGGUAGUGUCACAUCAAGCUGUGUUGCGCUGCUUGUUUGCCUACUUCCUCGACAAGUCUGCCGAUGAGUUGCCAUACCUAUUUGUGCCAUUGCAUACGGUUAUCAAGUUGACACCGGUAGCUUAUGGCUGUAAGGUGGAGCAUAUUAAGCUGCCCAUCGACGCGGUCGAUACACAUCGUCCAAAACCGAAGAUACCCGGCGAUGUGUCCUUAGGUAUGGACGGAUUGAGUGGUGAAUUGGUGGCACCCGAUGGCGUGGGUAAGGUUUUGAUUGUAGGUGACGAUGUCACCACGGCAAAUGGCAGUACCAGAGCUGUGGGCAAUGGAUUGGCGGUGGUCACGGAGGGUGUAGUUGUGGGCUCGAACGAUGCGGCCCCGAACAACAACGCCCACCUCUGACGGCAACCCGGCGCACCACUAAAGAGAGGACUGCUAGCACACCUUCAAAGGUUCAAUACGUUAUAAGAUUAAACUGAGCGUAAGGAAGCAUAUACAUAACACAUAAAUAUGCAUAGCACUCGAACUGAAAUUAAGUGAUGAUUUUGAUUGAAAUGUAAAUGAUAGUUGAUGGUGAAUUUGCAUAGGUACUUUUUUAACACAACUUAGUAGGGAUGUCGAAUGUUCUAAAAAGUUUAUGACACGAAAGUUUACUAUUUGCAACUUGGAUAUGACUGGACUCGAUUUUGUAAUAAUUUUAGCUAAAUGCCAAUAUUUCUAUUGAUAUGUACUUAUGUAUGUCGUAGUAUGCAUUUGUGAAAGGAUGUUUUUCGUCUACUUUACGAGCUAUUUAAAAAGCAAAAAAUAUAUAAAAAUAAAAAAAAUAAAAAUAACACACACACUCACACAAACACAUGCACACAUAUUUUAAAAUAUAUUAUCGUAUUCAAUAUAUUUACGUGAAGCGUUAAAACUAAGAAGAUCUGUUAGUCGUAAACUUAAAUGUAUGUACUAAAAUGAUUGUAAAACACAUUAGUUUGUUUACUGUUUUAAAUAUAUUUUCCAUAACAGCUAUUUUGUUAAUGCUUGUUAUUUUAUUAAAGCUAUUACAAUUUUAUUCUACUUUAAUUAAAUAAUAUUUGCAGAGGUAAGAAGACUUUAGGCUGAAACUGUUUAGUAGCAAGCAACCGAACACUACGAACACAAACAUACCCUUCAUAAAAUUUAUUGUUGUAAACUAAUACAAACUUAAAUUAACUUUGUAAGUAUACUUUUUGUCAUUAAAUAAACUCAAAGCUUCAUGUACUGAAUCCCAAAUAAACUAUCAAAUGAUUAAGACACAACA